GUCACCUUUGAAUGACCUUUUACGAGUAUACACUUUUAUCACUUGAGAUCUCCAGCGUUAUUGAAAAUGUACGGAUUCUUGGCCUUUCCGUGGAUACUUGUGAUUUUUUGUGUAAUGAAUGGGAUUUUGGGAGAAGUUCCGAGAUUUAGAGAUGCGAAGCUUGUAAAACAUAUGGAGAAUUCACGAGUUUCUGAUGCUUCUGGGAUAGCAGCAAGUCGGAAACACCGUGGCGUACUGUAUACACACAACGACAGUCAGAAACGAGACCAUAAUGUUUAUGCCAUCAACGCCUCCAACGCAAUUAUCAUUUCCACUCUGAGGUUAUUUCCUGCCCAAAACCACGAUUGGGAGGACAUUGCUGUGGGUCCUUGUGGUGACACAACUUGUAUUUAUGUUGGAGACCACGGUACGAUUUAUCGAGUUGAAGAGCCUGAUUUCAUCUAUUCCGAUCAGAUUCUACCCAAUGUAUUUGCCUUCCAUUAUCAGUGGGAUUACACCUCUGAUACUUUGAUGGUAGAUAGGCAUGGCAACGCGUACAUUAUAUCAAGCCAUCAUGAUCACGAUAGAAAAAUUGCUCGCAUAACCAAAGACAUGUGGGACAGUAAUACAACAGUAGAGUUACCAACACACUUUCGCUUACCCCAUUUAUCUAAUCUACAAUCCCACGAACCCUCCGGGGGCGAUAUCUCACCAGAUGGCUCUCAGAUUUUGAUUUCAACACAUGAACACGUCUACUAUUGGGAAGUCCAACACGAUGAUGUAUUGACAACACUACAACACACACCCAUUAGGCUUCCUACUCAAACCUCUGGGACGAUUGAAGGGAUUUGUUGGGACUCGGAGGGACACAAUUACUACGAAAUAGCUGAAAACCACCACGACACACCCCCACUGUAUAUUUUUAAUCGUGUUUGAGGAUGCUUAAAUAUGAAAAAUUCGUAAUGUAAAUAUUAUCAUUUUAUUCAAUCAGUGGAUUGAAUAGCCGUGACACACAAUGUGGAUAAUAUUGAUUCUAAUAUACAGCAGACACAAUUUCAUGCUAUCUAAACCUUUAGACAUUAAAUGUAACAAUACGGA